GCGCGGCGCGCGGCCACGUGGAGGGCGGCGCGGCCGCCGGUGGCUCUGGCGGGGCCGUUCAGGACCGGCCGCUCCCCGCUGCGCCGCGCCAUGAGCGUGGGGUUCAUCGGGGCCGGGCAGCUCGCCUUCGCCCUGGCCAGGGGCUUCACGGCGGCAGGGGUCCUGGCCGCGCACAAGAUCACGGCGAGCUCCCCGGACACCGACCUGCCCACCGUGAGCGGGCUGCGGAAAAUGGGCGUGAACUUCACGGUGAGCAACAAGGACACGGUGAAGAGCAGCGAUGUCCUCUUCCUGGCCGUGAAGCCCCCCAUCAUCCCCUUCAUCCUGGAGGAAGUGGGCCCCGACAUCGAGGCCCGCCACAUCGUGGUCUCCUGCGCGGCCGGCGUCACCAUCAGCUCUAUCGAGAAGAAACUCUCUACCUUCUGCCCCACACCAAAAGUGAUCAGGUGCAUGACCAACACCCCUGUGAUUGUCCGGGAAGGUGCUACAGUCUAUGCCACUGGGACUCAUGCGGAUGUGGAGGAUGGGAAGCUCGUGGAACAACUGAUGGCCAGUGUAGGCUUCUGCACCGAGGUGGAAGAGGACCUGAUAGAUGCUGUAACGGGGCUCAGUGGCAGUGGCCCUGCAUAUGCGUUCACUGCUCUGGAUGCUCUGGCGGAUGGGGGAGUGAAAAUGGGACUUCCCCGCAGGCUGGCUGUUCGACUUGGAGCACAGGCUUUGCUGGGUGCUGCCAAAAUGCUGUUAGAAUCUGAGCAGCAUCCUGGGCAGCUGAAGGACAACGUCUGCUCGCCUGGGGGAGCCACCAUCCAUGCCCUGCACUUCCUGGAGAGCGGUGGCUUUCGCUCACUCCUAAUCAAUGCUGUGGAGGCUUCCUGCAUCCGGACAAGGGAGCUGCAGCAUUUGGCAGACCAAGAGAAGAUCUCCCCAGCAGCCAUAAAGAAGACUUUGUUGGAUAAGGUGAAGCUGGAGUCUCCUUCUCUGUCCGUGGCAUCUGCCAGCAAAGUCAGUCUGUUCACCAACAAGAGCCCCAGCAGCAAGAACGACUGACCAGGCUGCUGUAGUCUGGCUGUGCUGAACAUCAGUCUCCUCCAUGCCCUUGCUUUUUUGUCCAAGGAAGAAUGCUCGCUCUGAAUGUUGGUGUCCCCCAUACCUGGCUCUUGGCUUGCAGCAGCUGUGGGGCACUGCAACGCUGUAGAAGAGGGUCCUAUAACCUGUAGUGGGGUUGGUGCAAACUGUCCCUGGCAUUGCUGUUCUCUGUUGGGCAAGUGAGAUGCCAUCAUCGGACCUUCAUCAAGGGCAUUGUCUGUCCAGAAGCCUUGGAUGCUUCUAGGACUCAGACAGUGUUUGUGGUGUCCCAUGCAGGAAUGGUUUCUAAUAGGAUUUUUUUAAGAGGUUUCAGAAUGCCUUUUGGUUUCAAAGGUUUGAACCAGGCCCAGACCCCUCUUGCCCCGUCUUGCAUCUGCUGUCAGAGCUUGUGUCUUGUCGCUGUCUUUACUAGCUAGAGCAGGUGCUGCCACACAAAUGCCGUGCUGCGCACUACAUUAGAGGCUGGGCCCUAAAGCACCUCUCAGAAGGGACCAAAGUGCCUCUGCCCCAUCUGCCUUGACUUUCAGAGACAGAUGGUGUGAACCUCUGGACCACACUCCGUUUCUCUUUGCUGGCUACCCCUUCUCUCUGCUCUGUCUGGUUUGGGGAACCGUGAACUGCUUUCACUGUCCCUCCUUUGUUGCUAGCCUUGCUUGGGUGGUUGGGCCGGUGGAGGGGUAGUGAGUGCUCCCUCUUCCCUCUGUCUCUGACACUUCUUCAUGCUCUCCAUGGGCAGAAUCUGCUCCCAUGCGCCCAUGGAUAUGUUUCAGCGUCACUGCGCUCCCCAAUGCUCUCCUUGCUUUGGGGCAGCCGGGAGCAGAGCUGAAGUCAAGGACAACCUCCUCCAGAGAAAGCUGCCUUCUGUACCAUUCCCUUAGACUCAAGCAGGGUUUUGUACCCAGCUGCUGAGCUACUGCAUGGCAGCUGGGCUCUUCCUCAGCACCUUUCCUUGCAUCAGGCUGUACCUCUUUCUUGGACUUCAGUGUUGAUGCCUGUUGACAGUGGCUGCUCUGCUUUGGUUUGUGCAAUCCAGCUGUGUUGUGGUGGAUUGGUUGUCCCUUCCAGACAGCACUUCUCCCAGCAGAGCCCCUGGGCUGGUGAAAUCCAGUGCAACAGCCCUCAGUGUCACCUUGUGUUGGCACAGUUCUGUCUCUCUGGUGUUUUCUAGACUGUUUCUUUUUUCUUCCUGUUUCUCUGAAGGUGUUGCACUGCUAAUGGCUAGAAGGGGAGAACACCUAGAAAAAGUUCAGGGCUGCUUCAUGCAGUUGCAUUCCUGGUUCUUUAGAAUACAAGACUAAAGGGAAACACUGAAGUAAUCUACUCUGGCUUGCAGCUCAGAUCUUGUCCCAUCUCACCUAGUUUGUCCUGCAUGACACCUAGGAGGAAAGUCAGUCUUUGCUUGACACAAAAGAGGUUCAGGGAGGACUUGAGAAUGCCUGAUGCCUGUCCAACAACAAGUACUUGCUUGGUGAAAUGCAUCCAGAUGACUAUGUUUUUGCAGAGGUGGAAGACCCUUGCUUUUCUGGUCUGGAGAAUUACCCAAGUCUGACUCAAAUUUAUGAGCAAGAAACAGCAGCAAAGUAUGGGUCCAGGAGCAGUGGUCCCUUCUGCCCCUGAAACUCCAGUGUUUGUGAGGGAAGGAGUCUGGCCAGGGUUGUAGCAGCAAGCAGAGGGUGGCCCUGCUCGACCCCUCCUGCCGCCUGGCACAGCACCGAGUGCCAGGCCAGGCGUGAGCAGGCACUGUGCUGUGUCGAGGGCAAUGCAGCACCUCUCUUCCCUGGGCCCACUGGGGAAAGGGAUGAGUGAGGGUUGUAGACUCAAAGGGCAGAAGGGACCAACGCUCUGAUCAGAGAGAAGGUGGAUUAUAGCCCAUCAUCUAGAAGGACGAUUAACCUGUACUUCAGGCACAGUCUUGGGAGCCAGCCCCAGAGCAGCAGCAAAGAGAAGAUUGCAUCUACUGCUUUCUGCAAUUUCUUUAUAGCCAAUGUCCCUGCAUGGCUUCCUUGCCUCUUUACUUUUCUCCCAGAGCCUGAGUCCUAUCCCAAGUCAGAAAACUGCACAAAGCAUGCAAGCUGCCCCUACCACUUUUAUGGGGCUUCAGUAGGAGCAACAGGCUGGAGGGGAUGGAAUGGAUUUGGGCGGAUAAUUGUCAUACUGUAUUCUACCUUGGGGUAUACUGGGGGAGUGCUGGUGAAAGAUGGAUAUUUCACAUGGGCUUAUUGUCUCCUGAGGAAUCUUGGACGUGCAGGUGAUGCAGGAAGAGCAUUUCCGUAUUGUUGCAGAGCCUGCCAAAGGUGCUAGUAAUGUUAAAGUGUUUUUAGUGUUAGGCUUUUGGCUGGUAGCAGUCAUGACCCUACAGGCAUGACAGAGGGCUACUCCUCUCUUUACAUAAUAAACUGCUUCUCUGACAGAGA